CAACUUCUGCGCCAUGUGGCGCCUGCUGCGGGGAUCGGCGCAUCGCCUCCGCGUCGUGGUCGUCGAUGGGCUGCCGGGCGGAUGCUGGGGCCCUGGCGGCGGCGGCGGAGUGCGCUACGCGCGGGGCGUCUUCAAGGCGCGUAUGAGACCGCAGGAGCGGGCGGUGCUGCGUGCCGUGCGCGACGAGCAGCGGAAUGUGCGGAAGUACGGGAUCGCGCGCUUCAACAAGAGGUGGCGAUCCUGGGCGCAGAACCGCGUGCGAAUGUAUCGAGUACCUCUACCCGUCACAUUGACCUCAGAUACGAGUUUGAUGGAUGCAACAUACAUUUCCAGAUGUGUGCAAAAAGCCGCGUCCCUGCGGAAACACGAUGUAAAAUUAUGGUUUGGCUACUCUCAGCGUCUCCUGGAAUUACGGGAAGAGCUGAGCGCUGAGCAGUUAGGUUAUGUCCUAUGGGGCUACGGCAAGAGUAGCUUUGUGGAUAGCAACUUCUACCAGGAGAUCCUGCCGGUGGUCAAAGCAAAGAUGGCCCAAUUCCAAUCGCAUGCGUUGAUGUCUCUGAUGUGGUGCAUGAAACGUUUGAAGUGGCGCGACAGUGAGCUGAAUCGCAUGGCGGCCAACCACACCCUGGAGGCCAUCGAACAGCUGCGACCCACGGAUUUCAUCAAGGUGACUAAUGCCUUGGCACAGCUUGGAUUGCAGGACCCAGGCCUGAAAGCUGCCCUGUCGCGGGUGGCCGUGGAGAAGCUGGAAGAGGCCACCGCGCAACAGUUUCGAGAUGCGGUGAACCCCGUGACCAUUGGCUGCCUUUGGGAUGACGAGGUCACUGCAUACCUUUUGGAGCGAUUUCGUCGAAUUUUCAUCACAGCUCGUCCCAUGCACUUGCUGAAAGCGUAUGAGUCUGCAGUGGUCUCGCGCAUUCACAAGCCACAGGUUUGGCCGAGACUGUUGCACGACUCCAAAUCCUUUUAUGUUCGCCUGUCACAGAGGCACAUCUCCGAUCGAGGACAAAGACCCACCUCGAUGCAUCGUGACAUCUCACGCCACUUGGCGGACUUGGGCGAGGCACAUCGCAACUCCUUCCGCUGGGGUCCGCUGUAUAUCGACAUCGGCCUGGAACAGCUGGAGGUGGACGAGCGUCGGCGUUGUUUGAUGGUGGAUGGACCCUCCUCCUUUUUCUUCUGUAGUGACCAGUACCUUCCCGCGAAGCGGCUGCAGCACGCGACGCUCACCUCUCUUGGGUGGGACGUGCGCCGCAUUCGCUGGGACGAAUGGCUGGAGCUGGGCGAUGCCAAGAGGAAGCGCGAGUUCUUGACCACCUUGCUGGCGGGCUCCAGACCUAUCGCCGAGGAAUUGCGAGAUCGAGCACCUCAUCCGGCACAGGAACUGCAGGAAAAGCUCAGGCGCUUCAAACGCUUCAAGGCGGAUUUGGAAGCGGCAGAAAAAGAAGAGGAGAAAAUUGAUUUCGAUAUUUAGCAACGAGCGAAAAGAAAA